CUUAUCAGUACCUAUCCUUUAUUGAGUAUAUUGUCGAUUUGUCGUUUAUAAUAUUAUUAUUAAAAUUGGUUUUAUAUAAUAAUUCCUCUAUUUCAAUAAGAAAAAAUGAUUUUAAACUAAUCCAAUUUAUAUUUGAUUAAAUUUAAUUUAAUAUGUCUACUGUAAAUUAUUCACAGUUUCCUUUGAUGAGGUUUGUACAUUGGGGACCGAUUUUAUCAAUCAGUAAGUACUUUUGAAAUAUUUUUGUAAAUUGUUUAUUGUACCUUAAAUAUAUUUCAGUAAUUUAUAAAUGUGUUACCCUGACAACAUUGUAUUUUACGGAAAUAUGGUGGCCUUGUUAUGGUUCUCUUGGAGGAUUUCUGAACAAUACAAUUUUACUAACGUUGUUCUUCAUCAGCUUUACAUGUUACUUAAAAUGUGUUAUUGUAGGACCAGGUUAUCUUCCACUUAAAUGGAAACCGGUAUGUUUAAAUACGAGUAAUUAUAAUUAAAUUUAAUAUCAUUGAAAUUUUAUAAAAAAAAUCAAGUACUAAAUAUCAUUUUAGGAUCUGGAAGAAGAUCAACAGUAUCUGCAGUUUUGUAGAAUAUGUGAUGGAUAUAAAGCACCUCGCGUUCACCAUUGUCAUAAAUGUAAUAAACUAAAAUAUUUUUAUUAUUUAUAUGCCAAUAAAAUAUUAUUUUAGGUAAUCGUUGUGUGUUAAGAAUGGAUCAUCAUUGCCCAUGGUUAAAUACUUGUGUAGGACAUGCAAAUCAUCCAUAUUUUGUGAUAUUUAUAAUUGUGUCCAUAAUAGCUUCAAUUCAGUCAUCUAUUUUAUUAUUGAAGACACUUGUGCUAGUACUAGCGUAAGUAAGUUUUUAAUUUUUAUGUAUUUACUAUAAAUUAAUAAUACAUUUGGUUUGAAUUUUUUUUUUUCAGUCAAUAUGGACAUCAAAUAUUAAUCUAUUUUCCAUUAAAUCUUACUCUUUUAUGGAUUACAGUGUUUGGAUUAGCUUUAUGUUUAACUUUUACUCUUAGUUUGCUGUUAUACAUACAAGUGAGGUUUCCUAUUUACGUAAUUAUUAAAAUGUGUAAUCAAAUAAUUAUUAAUGAUGUCAAUUUUAAGUUUUAAUAAAAUUAUAAAAUGUAGUAAUUACAUUUAUUUAAAAAUUGAAUUGAUGAAGUAUGUGCUGAAAAAUAGUCUUCUUAAAGAGGAAAGCUCAUGCUACUUUUAAGUCAUCGUAUAACCCACUUGACUAUCAUGAGUUUUCUUUGCUUCGUACUAAAUAUAAAUCAAUGUAUAAAAUCUUUUGUUAGAAAUUUAUUGAUUAUAAUGAAUUUCGUCUUAGUAAUAAUCCUAAAUAUUUUUGGAAAUUUGUUAGGAAUAAUAAGUGUAGCAAUGAUAUAUCUAAAACUAUCCUUAAAUCAUUGGGAUGAUUUUAACAUUGCCAACUAUCAAACCAAUUUUUAUAUUGAGUCAUAUAGCUAAAUUAUUCGAAAUCUUUAGUCUUUAAUUCAAUAAGGGCAGCUGUCAAUUCUAUUUUAAUUGAUAAACAGUAUGGUUUUUGAUUUAUUUAAUCUCAAUCUCAAAUAGAUGAUAAUAUACAUGGAUUUUACCAAAGAAUUUUGCAUUAAUUAUCAUUUCUAUCUACUUUUUGUAUUAUUUAUUAAUGAUGUUAAAAAGGUUAUUAUCAACAGUAGCUUUCUUCUUUUUACUGAUCUUAAAUUAUUUUUAAAAAUUAAUUUUUUUAGUGGCUGCCAUUAAUUUCAAAAUUGUAUUAAUUCUUUAGUGUCUUAGGCAAUUCUUCAUGGUUUGGAACUAAAUUUCUCUAAAUGUCACACAAUGUCUUUUUAUAGAUCCUGAAAACGAUUUGAUUAUUCUUACUCUAUCAAUGUUAAUCUCUUUUUAUGAGUUCUUAAUAAAGUAUCUGACUUAGAGCCUAGGGGUUAUGUUUGAAUUAAAGUUUUAUUAUCAUUUAGAUAUUAUAUGUCGCAAAUCCCUAAAACUGUUUGAUGUUAUUAAAAUAAUUUGUUGCAAGUUUAAAUUACUAACGGUCUUAAAAUCUAUGUAAGGUCCAUUUUGGAAUAUAGAGCGUUGUUUGGGUUCCUUUUACUUCAUGUAGGAGUGAGCAAAUUGAAAGAGUUCAAUGCAUAUUCCUUAAAUAUGCAUCUUUUAUUUAAAUAUUGAGCAUCCUCCUUAAGAUUACUAUCCAGUUUUACACAAGCUUGGUUUUUUUUUCUUAGCUGAUAGGAGACAAGUUGCUAAUCUUAAUUUUCUCAACCAACUAAUAAAUCACUAUAUUGACUCUUCUGUUCUUCUAUCUUUGAUUAACUUUAGUCCUUUCCACUUUUGUUUGUCAUACUUUUAAAUUUAUUUUACUUAAGUUCAACUUAAAUUUGGUUGAGAACCAGUCAAUCUUUGGAAUGAUGUGUAUGACAAAUAUCGAUCCAUCAGCUUUUUAGUUUUUUUAUAUAUUUAUUUGUUGUUUAUAUACUUUAUAUGUUAUUGUUAAUUCUGUAAUCGGGCUCAGCCCAAAUUGUUGAAAACAAAUAAAUAAAUACACACUUGCAGUUAUAAAAUCAAUUAAAUUGAAUGUUGUUGUCAAUUUUAAGUUUUAAUAACAUAUCUAAUUAAUAAAAUUAUGAAAUGUAUUAAUUAUAUCUAUUUCAUAAUUUAAUAGAUGAAAUAUGUGCUAAAAAAUUCUACUACUAUUGAAGAUUGGAUUAUUGGAAAAGCAAUAUCAAGACGUGAACAAGAUCAGAGUUUACCUCCAUUUAUUUUUCCUUACAAUUUAGGGCGAAUAAAUAAUAUCAAAGAAGUAAGAAUUAAUUUUUGUAUUCUAUCAUUUUUGGUUUGAACAAUAUGUUAUCUACUAUAAACCUAAAAAUUCAUGUUCAAAUUUUAGAGUAUCUGUAUUAGUAUAUUAAUACUAUAAUAUUCUAAUAAAAAAAAAUUAUGUAAAGCUUAAUGUUGAACUCUAUUAUAAUUGCUUUCAAUUGAAAAUUUAGUAUAUAUGAAAAACAACACUAUUUGUUGAAGAGUUUAAUUAUUAUUCAUAUACUUUUUUCUAGUUUAAUUCAACUAUAUUUGUUUCUCUUUUAAGCUCUGUAUAAGUCUAUGACAAGUUUUAUAUUUUUAGUACUUUUAGUUUUUAUUGGUCAAUAGUAAAAAUAAUUUACUCAAAUUUACUUUUUCACUAGACUAAUGUCAAAAUGCAGAUUAAUAUUUUAUAAUGUUUAUUUUAGUGUAUUUUUAAUUUAAAUUAAUGUAAUGUUUAACACUAAAACAUAAAUAAAAUGCUCUGUACAUUUAUUGCCAACAUUUUAUGUUCAGUAAAAGGGCGCUAAUUAGGAAAACUUUUGGACCAAGGUGAAAUGUUUCAAUUAACCUAUUGUUUAUUAUAGGCGAUUGAUUACUGACUUUAUUUAUUUAACAUAAAUAAUAGAUAGAUCAUUACAAGGCAUUAGGUUUUAGUAACGCGAAUGUAUUAAUUAUCCGUGUUCCUAAUAAGCAGCUUCUACUGUAGUUGUAAAUGAAUCAUUGUUUUUGAAUAGGUACCUAAUUUAAGUAAUAAUUGUUGAGAUUUAUUAGAGAUUUGUCUUAAUUUUUAAACAGUAUGUGUUUCUUCUAGUGGCUAUGAAAAUAAAAAAAUAAAAUCUAAUUAUAUACAAUAAGUACCUACUUAAUUACCUAUUUAAAAUCAAUGACACAUUUGCACCUGCAUAAUUUGCCAGGAAUAUAAUUUACAUAGAAUUAUUUGCAUUCUCUUUGUAAACAAUACAUUUAUUAAAACCAAAAAAAUACUUAUAUAUGCAUUGAUAUUAUUUUAGUCUGCAUUUCAAUAUUACUCCUGUUAAAAAUAACCAUUAGUAUAUUGAAUUAAAAGUGUACUAAAGUUCAAAAUAUAUAUAAUACUUGUCAUAGUUAAAUUAAACGAGAAAACAAAUUAAUAUUAACGAAACUCUUGAAAAAAUAUGUUUUAUAAGUUUUAAACUGAACAACUAAUACCAUAAUUUGUAUUAAAUAAUAUCGAGAUCAAUCUUUAGGUCUUUAGAUAUUACUAUGCUUAUUAGUAUUAUUGUAUUUCAGUAUUAUAGUAUUAACAGCAAUAUGAUUUUGCAAUAUCUUCUUAAUACAUUAUUAAUUCUAAAGUAGUUAUAAAAAUAUGCGGACAUACUUUGUACAAUGGUCACUGUUAUAAGUGAGAAAUUUGGAAUGUAAGAUACAGAGAGGGGGAAUUUAGUGUACAUAUAUAUAUACAUAACGAUUAAUCAUUGUUAAUGAAAAAAAAAUUAUGAUGGGAGUUAACUGAAUAUAAGGCCGUAAUAUUUACCAUUUUCUUCAAAAUUUGAUAAAAAAUAUAUCAUAUUAAACUCAACGUUUUCUUGUUGACUACUAAGUACAAUUUAAUGAACCUCCUCUUAAAUUUUCAAGCAAUUCUGUUCUGGUCUAAUAAUUUUAUCCAUAGAGUACCUGCCGAAUAAAAAUUUUAUAAAAAAUUUGCAAAAUUAAAAUAUCUAUAAAUAGCUUAAAAAGGUUUAAAUGUUUAACAUAUCUAGAAAAGGCAAAUGUAAAUAUUCUGUAUUUAGGUCUACGAAUACCAAAAAUAAUAAAAACAUUUUUGUAAAUUAUUCAGUUCUUUCUAUGUUUUUUUCUCAUUAUUAUAAAAUAUAAUAUGUAUCAUGAGCACAACUAUAGAUAAUUAUUUAUAGCCGUGAUCAUAAGUGAAAAGAGUUAUAUAUCAAUGUUUGAUAUUAUUAUAAUAAUAACAAUGAAAAAUAUAACUACAAUAAUAGCUGUUAUUUGAACCUAAAAAAAAAAAAAAAAAAAAAAAAAAAGACUAUUGUAUGAUAUAUCUCCCAUAUCCCCUGUGAGAACAUUUAUGUUUAUAAAUACUGAUACAUUACACACUAUAGUAAUUUUUAUUUUCCAUUUUAUUGAUAAUUAUACAUUAUUUUUAUUUUUAGUUUUUUGCUAAAGGAGAUGGUAUUCAUUGGAAAGUACGAGAUGAAUGUAAUGUCUAUGAUUUAACAGUAAGUAAAGUUACUUAGAAAAGUAAAAUAAACAGUGAGUUAUACAUUAUGUAAAAUUACUAAUUAAGUAAUGUUAAUUUGACAUGAUCAUUUUUCAUAAUAUUUUUUUUCUAAGUAAAAUAAAAAUAUUUAUGUUUUUAUGGAAUUCCAUUUUUUUACCAUGAUAACAUGGUAUAUAUGCAUUAGAUUAUUAUAAAGUUCAAGUUUAGUUUUCCAAAAAUCAAUUAUAAAUUCAAAAAAUUAAACUUGGAUAAAUGUGAUUAUAUUUACAUCUAGUCAACUCACAGUUUUGCAAAUUUUUUCCCCAUUCUAGCAAUUCAUAAAUACUUAAUUGUCAAUACUCGUAUUUUAUUUUAUCUAUUUAAUAUGAAUGAAAAUGGACUUGCCUGGAACAACCAAUUUAAAUAGUAAUAAAAACUGGUUCUUUUUCAUCUCUAUCAUUAAAGUAAGUUAAAAAAAUUAAAUUUCUGAAUUAUAAAACCAAAGGUCAAGUGUUAUCCAUUACAGGGGUCGAAUAUCAAGAUAAAUAGUAGCCUAUAUUACGCCUUGAAAAAUUAUUUAUCUUGUACUACAAGUCCCACUGAAAUUGGUCGUUUUUUAAGAUUAGCUCAGACAAACUAAUUGACAUAUUUUUUUUUAUAUAGAUGAAUAUUAGAGUUUAAUUAUUUAUAAAAUAGUGAGUGUAAUAUAGUAUUUAUAUGAUAAAAAUUAUAUUUAUUAAAAAGUCUUUUAAGUCUGUGUAUCAUUUAAUUUAAAAUACAUACCAGGAUUAAGUAUAAUUUAUCAUGUAAUAAAAUUGUUUGCAUACAAUUUGAAUGUAGCCGACAUAGACAUAAAUAUUAAUUCAUUACUAGUUCAAUUAAAUUAUAGUUCUAAAUUUAAUUUUUAUGUAAAAUAGUUAACAUGUUUAUUAUUAAGUGAGUUUUUCUUUUAUAUAUGUAUCUAUUAAUAAAUGGAAUUUAUCUAUUACCAUGAUAUAAAUAUUUAAUUUAUGGCACUAUUUAUUAAAUAUGCACUAAAGAUCAUUAAUUAUUGUUAUAUUUGUUGGUAGUACAAUAUUAAAUCAAUUUUUGUGUAGAUAAUAUAUAUUAUUGUUAUUUAAAAAUAUAAUUUAAUAUUUUUUUUUAGAUUGAACAACUAGAACAAAAAUUAAUUAAAGAAUCAUGGAAAAAACCUAUGCAAGUUAUAAAAGAAUAUAAUGGCAGAUGGUUUCCAUUAGUAUUCGGUUUGUGUGUUUGUUGUCAAAUACCAUGGACUGAUGAGGCACGAAUGCCAUUGGCUGUUGGCGAUUUAGUCCAAGUUACCAGAUUUCAUAAGUAAAAUAUUUUAUAGGUACCUAAUUAAUUAUGAACUUGAUUAAAAAUUGUUAAAUUGUCUAUUAGAUAUUGGAUGUAUGGACAUAAAAAUCUUCCAGAUGGUUCUCGACUACGAGGAUGGUUUCCUAAACAGUGUGUUACAUUGUUCACUAAAAAAGACAAUUAAAAUGUUGACUCAAUUGAUUGUUAUUUUUUAAACUUAAAUUUGUAUUUAAUGUUAAAUGUAUUUUUUUAAGCUUGGUUUGAAAUAAUUUUUAAAUACAAAUCACUUAUUUAUAACAUUAUUUUCACUUUAAAUAAGUAAAAUAUUUUCUAUUGACAGUUCAUUUAAAAGGUAUUUAUUAUUCAUCAAUAAGUUAAUUAUUAUAGAAAUAAAACUGAAUCAGCCUUAAUAAAAAAGCACAUUGUUAACUCAACACAGUCUGCUGUUCACAAAAUAUAAUCUGGCUAAAGCUAAACAUUUUUAAUCCAUGACUGUUUUGAAGUGGUGUAUAAAACAUCAUUCUCUGUGGGUGUCUUGACAUUUUUGUAUAUCACCAAGUUGCUGACACCUUUUCCGUCAGAAAUUGUGCUCCAAUAAAACAAAUAAUGAGACCUUUGUUGUUGCAUUUUAUAUCAAUUGGGAAAAACAAAAAUCGUAGAUUAAAUGGGAAAGUUUAU